CAGCCGAGGAUUUGGACCUGAGGCCUGGGUCUCAUGUGGGAGGUUUGUGGGGGCGGACACUGGCACCUCCAGGCAGAGCAGCCGUCUGCUGUCCUUACCUCUGCGUGUCCAGGGUCUCACCCGGCCUCUGUUUCUUCCCCUGAAGUGACCUGGGUCACCGCGAGGACCCCACAAGAGCCUCAGAUGGAGAGGACUUGGAAGAGAAGUCUCGUGGAGACCCAGGCUGGUGGAAGCCGUCGGGUUCCGUUCCGACUCUGGCGUCACUGCCUGCGCUCCGAGAACAGCAGCGGUGCAGUGACGUGGAGCUGGUGCCUUCUUACGUCUCUGAGUUACUUCAGCCCACUGCCCACCGUGGCCUUGUCCUGCCCUGGCUUGGCGAGCUCGGCACAGAGUUGGCGAGAGCAGCUGCACUCGUGCCACUGAUGGCAGACGCGGCGCUGUCCUGGGGCUGCACGUGCGCCUGGCCGAGCCGAGCACCUGUGCACCUGCCAGACCCCCCGCCUGGCUCCUGCUGGUGAGAAAUGCUAACUCCCCUCUCACGUUUUGCCUCCUGCAGGGGGACAGCCGCGUGGCUGCUGCUUUCCCGGAGAGAUGGCAUCCUCUGUGCUCUCCAACGGGGACCAGGCUCACGCGCUCCGAACCAGCCCCUCCGAAAGAGACGCCUCUGUGCCCACGGCCGGGGUCGUCCUCGAAGACUGUGGCAGGGAGCCGUGCACGCGGCCUGAGCCGUGUCGGGCUUCUGCUGCCUGGAAGACACCAGCGGUUCACCCCAGUGCCCCUGACAGUGUGGACGCCCCUCCGAGCGUGGCCGGAGCAGACCCGCAGCUCGCGCCGGAGGGCCAGGCCGGCCACCCCAGAGAAAAGCCAUCUGCCGGGCACCGCCGGGAGCACCCUGCGGGCGGGAGACGGGCGCCGGCCCCAGACCUGACCCCGCUGGAUUUGAGCGCCAGGUCGAGCCGGGCCGACCCCAGCAGUAAGGACGCGGCCUCGUCCCUGCAGGCCGCGCUGGUCGUCCACCCGUGUCCUUACUGCGACCACAAGACCUACUACCCGGAGGUCCUGUGGGUGCACAAACGCCUCUGGCACAGGGUCAGCUGCAACUCCAUGGCCCCGCAGUGGACUCAGCCCGACGGCCAGCGCAGCCUGAGGAGCAGCCUGGUGUUCCUGGCCCGGAGUGGGCGCACGGGGCCCCCGCCUGCCCUGGGCGGCAAGGAGUGCCAGCCGCUGCUCCUGGCGCGCUUCACCCGCACUCAGGUGCCAGGCGGGGCGCCGGGACCCCGAGGCGGCAGCUCCGCUCCCCUGGCCGCGAGCGCGAGAGCCCCUGGGCCGCCCAAGGGCAAGGAGAGCCACUCCAGCAGCCCCUGUGCGCUGUGGACAUCUGGUGCCGACGGCUCUCGACAGACCAGACCCGGCCCCGGCCAGGAGCCCCUGCUGAAACCCAAGCUGGAGGUUGGCUCCAGGCCGGCGCCCGCCCCGGGCAGCGGCGGGAGCCUCAGUGGAAGCGCCACCCCCACGCCCACUGUGAUUCCCCGGGUGGGCGCCCAGCCCGCGGCCAGCAGCAAGCCACUGGAGAAGUACGGCCCCCCCCCAAGUAAGCACAUCGCCCCCGAACCCCUGAAAGCCAAAUGCAGCCCUCAGCCUCAGGGUCAGCCUCCCGCGAACGCCGAUGGGGGCCCGCCUCUCCCUCCCUGCGAGCCCCCUCUGAAGGCAGCCCAGGAGCUGAGGACGCUGGCCAGCUGUGCCGCGGGGUCCCGGGGGGACGCGGCCGGGGCGCCCCCCGUCCUGCACUCCAUCAAGCAGGAGCCGGCCGCCGAGGGCCACGAGAAGCGCCUGGACAUCCUCAGCAUCUUCAAGACGUACAUUCCGCAGGACCUGGCCACGCUGUACCAGGGCUGGGGCGGCGGCCCCGGGCCCGAGCACAGAGGGACGCUCCGGCCGCAGGCGCGCCCCGGGGACUUCGUCUGUGUCGAGUGCGGGAAGACCUUCCACCAGCCCAGCCACCUCAGGGCGCACAUGCGGGCGCACACAGGUAUUGCCACCGCCGGGGUGGGCCCCACGCUCGGGGACACGGGGAGGGGGACACAGAGACUUGAGCCCCUGGCCAGGCGCAGCACGCCCACUGUGGCUCCUGUGGCCCAGCUCCCCUGGGCUGAGUGCCUGAGGUUGCAGCCAGAUGAGCCUGUUUGCCGAAGCUCCCUCAGUCAGAUGAGGAAGGAGCGGGUGCCCAUGCCGCUGGCACCGCACAGCGGAACCUGCGCCUGCCUGGCAUCCCCUGGGACCCGCCUGGCCCUGGGCUAG